AUGCCUUCUUCAGCCGCACGAGCUGCCGGGGUGUUUUAUCCCCUGGCGGACUCAGUUGCAAAGGCCUGUGGCUCCGACCCAGCAAGGAAUCAGGCCAAAAACACGGGUGGCUUCCUGGUUCAAUGUGCUUUUCAGGCCACUGGGAAUUCGUCUUCCCUUUGGCUGUAUGGAGCAGCGCAGAAUCUGCUGGCCUUGAGGCUUGCUGGUCAGCUGGGAUAUGUGGUCGAGUCUCCUUUCACAACCUGGCUGAAGGCAAGCUGCGUGCCAGCCUUGACAGCCAUGGCACUCACACCCCUCAUCGCGUUCUGGGCCUUGCCACCCGAAGUCCAACGAACUCCGGAUGCGCCCAAAGAGGCCGAGCGGAAGUUGAAGCAGAUGGGUCCAUUGAAGUUGGAAGAGGCACUUCUGGCGGGGGUCAUCAUUGGCAUGCUCGUGCUAUGGGCCGGCUCGUCUGCCUUCAGGAUUCCACCCGUGCACACCGCGGUGCUGGGGCUUGCAGUGCUGCUGUCUUCUGGCGUGUUGACCUGGUCUGACUGCGCUGGGGAGAAGGGUGCGUGGACUACUAUGACAUGGUUUGCCAUCCUCGUCAGCAUGAGCGCGAUGUUGAACAAGCUGGGCAUCGUCAGGUGGCUGGCAGCAUCGAUCUCCACCAAGAUUUCAGCCGCUGGCCUGUCGGGCUGUCCAGCUUUCCUGGUGUUGCUGACUGUCUACAUUUUCUCGCACUACGUCUUCGCUUCACAGGUGGCGCAUCUCAGCGCACUGUACCUGCCUUUCAUCGUGAUGAUGGUGGAGACUGGAACACCGCCAAUGGUUGCGGUAUUCUCGUUAGCCUUUGCUUCCAACAUCUUUGCUUCCAUGACACCGUACUCGUCUGCACAGGCCCCUGUUUUCUUUGGUGGCAACUACGUGACUCAGAAGGACUGGUACAGGUUGGGCUUCAUCUUCAUUCUCUUCAAUAUGAUCGUUUGGGUUGGUACAGGCGCCGUGUGGUGGAAGGUCAUCGGCUUAUACUGA